UCGAACCAGGAUCUCUAGCGCUGCGCCACUCAGGAGGCACAAAGAAACCAUAAAAAUCAUGUCACUUUCCGUAGGAUUAUGUAGCCACAGAAUGUUUUUAAAAUCACUUUAAGCCAAUUGAGUUUGUAUUUAGUCGAGAUCAUUCGAGUCACUUGAAGAGAAAACAACGCAGACAGACUUUGCCACAAUCCUGUGAAUGGACAUUUAUUCGUGGAGUGAAGCAGCAGCAGCAGCAGCGAUAAACGAUUUGAGAAAUCAUCAAAUCUGAAGAUGUCAGCAAGAAAGGAUAAUUACAAACGGGUCAAAGCAGAGGUCAGGGCCACACUGAAAAGUUUGAAGUCAAAGAAGUUCCGACGAUUUAAACGCCAUCUGUGUAAGAAGAUUGAUAAGAGUGUUAAGAAGAUGGGAGUGAAAGACCUUGUGGCGGUACUGAUGAAGAAAUAUGGAGAAGAGGCCAGUAACAUUGUGUCCUCCAUUCUAAAAGACAGUAAAUUGAGACAAAGAAAAGAAAAGAAAAGACAAAGUCAACAAGGCUUUGAGAAUGAGGAGAUUCCCAUUAAGGAGGAGAUGGAUGACCAACAGGUGACACCUCUGUCUAAGGCCAACCACACUGGAGGACCACUCGCUGAACACAGAGGAUACACAGCAACUAAUGGAAGCAACGUUUGUGCACCAACGUUUUCUGGUGUUUCAGUUGGAAAUAACCUGAAGAUAGAAAAUAAUUUCCAUGUGUACCCUGGAAAGAUUGACCAGCAGAUUCCACAGUUAAGCCCAGUGCCACUGUAUGACCACAGCAAGGAGAAGGAAAACAUCCUUCACAUCAAAGACAAGAUCAAAAAACGCCAGAAGGUGAAUUCUGAAUGCAUACUAGAGGGUAUUGAAACCCAAAGCACAUCAGUCCUUAACAAGGUCUACACAGAGUUGUACAUUGUCACCUGUGAUUCUACCAGCAUCAAUAAGGAACACGAGGUGUGGCAGGCUGAGACGGCACACCUCAAAGACUUCUCUGAGGCCUCCGUCAUAAAAUGCCAAGAUAUCUUCAAGCCUGCUGAAGACGAAACUAUCAGGUGUGUGGUGACAAAGGGAAUCGCUGGCAUUGGGAAAACUGUGGCAGCUCGGAAGCUCAACUUGGACUGGGCAGAUGGAAAAGCGAAUCAAGAAAUCGAUUUUGUAUUCCUCCUAUCUUUCCGGAAGCUGAAUUUGAUAAAAGACCAGCACAGUCUGCAUGGACUUCUUCAGCACUUCUACCCUGAACGUAAAGACAUAAACGUUAAGGAGAUGUAUGAUGAACAUAAUGUUUUGUUCAUCCUUGACGGCCUGGAUGAGAGCCAACUACAACUAAAGUUUGAUGAAAUUGAAAACAGGCUGGUAUCUGAUGUGUCUGAGUCUGCUUCACUGGACGUUUUGCUUACAAACCUCAUCACUGGCUAUCUUCUCCCUAGGGCUCUCCUCUGGAUAACCUCCCGUCCAGUAGCUGCCAAUCAGAUCCCUAGAGACUAUUGUCAUCGAGUUACAGAGAUCAGAGGGUUCAAUGAUGCUCAAAAGGACGAGUACUUCAGGAAACACAUCAGAGAUCCAGAGAUGGCCAGCCGCAUCAUCUCAGACAUAAAAGCAACCCGGAGCCUGUACAUCAUGUGUCAUGUACCGGUGUUCUGCUGGAUGGCAGUAACUGUGCUUCAGGAUAUACUGAGUAAAGACAACAAGAGCAGGCCAAAGCCUCGAUCUUUGCUUACAACCCUCUCUGAAAUGUACAUCCAUUACACAAGGAUACAAACAAGGAUCAGUUUCGAGAAGCAUGGACCAAAACAGGACAAACAACGUCCUUUGAUGUCAAACAAAGACAUCAUUUUGAAAUUGGGAAAGCUAGCAUAUCAGAACCUGGUAAGUCAGAAUGUGCUCUUUACAGAAGAGCACUUGACAGACUGUGAUAUUAGUGUCGUGGACGCUGCUACAUGCCCUGGCCUGUGUACAGAACUUGUACAAUUAGAGCAUGGACUGUAUCCAAGGAAGCUGUAUUGUUUUGUACACUUAAGUGUUCAGGAGUUCUUUGCUGCUCUGUACGCAUUUCAUGAAUUUGAAAAUGGCAGGAUUGACUCAGUGAAAGCCUUAAUCAAAAAGAGGAAAGGGAGAACUUUGUUAGAUUUCCUCAAAGGUGUGCUCGACAUUGCAUUAGAUAGUCAAAAUGGACACCUGGACCUUUUCACACGCUUCCUUUUCGGGAUCUCUCACAACUCCAGCCGGGACCUCCUUCAAGACAUUCUGGGAAAAACAACCAGCAGUUCAGAAUGCAACAAAAAGUUAAUCGGAUAUAUCAAGAUGUUGAAAAGGAAGGACCUCUCUCCAGAGAGAUGCAUCAACUUGAUCCACUGUGUGCUUCAGCUGAAGGACCACACCAUACUUCAGAAUGACAACAACCAAGUCUCGCCUUCAGACACACAGCCAACUCCAUUUCAGUGUUCUCUCCUGGCAUAUAUGUUCAUUAUGUCAGAGAAGCCUGAAGAGUUCGACUUCAGGAAUAACAAAGCUUCGGAGGAAGCUUUUCGCAGACUGGCUCCUGCUUUGCUGUCUUGCACUAGAGCGUUGCUCAACUUCUGUGGCAUCACAGUACUGGAGUGUGCAACUGUAUCCUCAGUUCUCCAGUCUGAGAAUUCUCGUCUGUCAGUCCUGGACCUGGGCCACAACAACCUGUGCGAUGAAGGGGUGAUCCGCCUCUGCUGUGGGCUGCGGAACCCCAACUGCAAGGUGGAAACCCUGAAUCUACGCCACAAUCAUGUGGGAGUUGGAGGUGUCAAGGCAAUCUGCGAAGUGCUGACUUGUCCCACCUCAAAACUUCAGAACUUGGACCUCAGCUGCAAUGACCUUGGGGACCCGGGGGCAGAGUUGCUUGCUGUUGCCCUCCACAAGCAUUGCAAGCUGCAAGCACUGAGGCUAUCUGGCUGUUUGAUCACACUGCCUGAGAUUGUGUCCUCUGUCCUGGCCGUAGCUUUGAGGUCAGAAGCCUUCCAGAUGAAAGAGCUGGAUCUGAGCUACAAUCCCCUCAGAUACGUUAAAUUGGAUUUCCCGCUACAGCUGAACAUGGACCAUACAGGAGAGAGCAGGAAUAAACCAGGUCUGAAGAAAUAUGCCAGUGAGCUCACACUAGACCCCAGCACAGCAAAUCGUUUCCUGUCCCUGUCCGAGGGGAACAGGAAAGUGACGCGCCAGAGGAAGGCGCGAGACUAUCCCAGCACCCAAGAGCGGUUCGAUGAAUGCAACCAGGUGCUGAGCAAGGAGGACCUCGGCGGGCGGCAUUACCUGGAGAUUGAGUGUCUGCAUGACGUACAUAUAGGCAUGGCCUACAAGCGAUUAAAGAGGAACGGGGCCGGAGACAAUGUAACGCUAGGACGGAAUGCUCUUUCUUGGGCUUUGUACGCCUCAAAGGAUAAGUUCUAUGCCCAGCACGAAAAAAUUAUUCACAACUUACGGCUCCCUGAAAUCAAAUCAGAUGAGUCCUAUAGAAUUGGGGUGUUUCUGGACAGGCCGGCCGGCCUCCUGUCCUUCAACAAAAUCUCCUCAGAGUCUGACAAACUGACCCACCUGUACACCUUCCACACCACAUUCACUGAACCCCUUUAUCUUGGGCUUAGACUUCAAUCUCCAACCUCAACCAUUUCUCUCAAAUAGUCAAAUAGCCUACAUUACAUCUAAGCAUUGUCUUUCAGAAAGUAUAUGUCCCACUGGGUGGGAGGGAGAGGGGUUAUAGAAAACUUUGUGGUCAGACUUAGGUUCUAAGCUAAGGAAGUAUACUUGAGAACAGAAUGGCCUGUGGGUUUACAAUACUGUUAUGUUGUAUCUCCUUUAUUCCUCUGAACAAAGAAUUUAAAAUAAUGUGCUAUAUACUGUAUAGCCGUACUGACCAUAAUUUCAAUUUAAAAUAAUGUCAAAAGCUGGCUAAUGAUCGAACAAAUGUUAAUGUCUGUGCCUUCAGAAAGUAUUCACACCCCUUGACUUUUUCCACAUUUUGUUGUGUUACAAAGUGGG